AAACUGCAGAGGAAUUCCCGCCUGAGAUGUUGAUUUUCUCGUAGAUUGGUCAAAUAGUAGAGUGCAUCGUUGCCUUUUAUUCCUGGUUGAUGACAAUAUGACAUUCAAUGUUCUGGUGAAUGCUUUUUGAACCCAAUUGUUGAGUGACACCCGCUUUCAGAUUGUCAAAUGUGACGGAAGACGAGAGCUUCAAGCAGUUUAUUUUCGUUUCUUGUUUUCACAUAGUUGCCAAGAUGUUUUGGAAGUUUAAUUUAUUAACAUCCUCUCAUAUUGACACCUUACUAGAAAAAGAGGAUGUAACCUUACAUGAACUGAUGGAUGAAGAUGAUAUCUUGCAAGAAUGUAAAGCACAGAACAGAAAGCUAAUUGACUUCAUCAUCCGUCCAGAACACAUGGAGGAGAUGGUUAAUAUGAUAACAGUAGAACCCUCAGAAGAUGUUGAAGAAAAAGUGAAAUAUAAAUACCCAAACACUUCAUGUGAGUUGUUGACAUCAGAUGUGUCCCAGAUCAAUGAUGCUCUGGCUGGCAGUGAGGCACUUAUACAUAAACUGUAUGCCUUCCUUGAGACCAAUGAGACCCUCAACCCACUCUUGGCCAGCUUCUUCAGCAAAGUCAUGGGCCUGCUUAUUACACGUAAAAGUGAAAUGAUAUUUGAAUUUUUAAAGUCCAGAGAGGAUUUUAUCGGGACACUUUUAAAACACAUAGGCACCUCAGCAAUAAUGGACCUGCUCCUCAGACUACUUACAUGUGUUGAAUCUCCUGAAAUCAGGAGAGCUGUGAUAGAGUGGUUAAAUGAAAAUCAGAUUGUUGAAAAAUUAGUUGGAUGCUUUAAGACAUCAACUGAUGAAGAUGUUCACUGUAAUGCAGCCCAGUCCCUGUGUGAUAUUGUACGGCUUGGGAGGGAACAGCUCUCACAACUACAAGAUAAGCCAGAGCCUGAUCCUCUUCUCAACACAGUAGAAAUGGAGGAAACAGUGUCAGACUUGCUCAGCAACAUGUUGGACACUGAAUGCAAUGAGUCUGUUAUAGUCAAUGGUUUAUCUGUGAUACAAACUCUCUUAGAAUUUAGGAAACAGGGUCCUGAAGGAUCAACAGAACAUAUUUCUACACUAGACACAGAACGUUUAGCCCAAGGUGUUAGUAAUGUUUUAUUAGCAAUAACACCCAGACUACGGGAUUUCCAUCAUUUACUCACGAAUCCACCCAAGCAAAAAUUUUGUACAAUGCCUACAUCAAUAGGAACUCUUGAACCACCACUUGGAAACACCAGACUGCAGAUAGCACGUCUUGUAUCGGCACUCACUUUAACCAAUUCACAUUCUGUUACUGUAGAAUUAGCCAAUUUGGGGACCAUGGGGGUUUUAAUAGAUUUAUAUUUCAAGUACUGUUGGAACAAUUUUCUUCAUACGCAUGUUUCACAAUGCAUCAACACUGUGUUAUAUAAUUCUCCUAUUGAAACUGAUGGAAAGAAAGAACACCUACUUUUAGUCCAGUUAUUUUCGGAAUUCCAUCUCAUUCAACGAAUAAUGGAUGUGUGGGAAGAGAAUGAUCAGCAACAAAGUCGAGAAAAGGGUAGAAGGCGAGGCUACAUGGGUCACUUAACCAAGAUAGCCAAUGACGUGGUAGCUGUUCUAGAAAAGGGGGAAAACACAGACUUACUAAAGGAGCAGAUUAGUGAAAUGGACGAAGAACACAGAGAAAAAUGGGACACUUUCAUCUCUGGUAGUUUAACAGAAUUAAACAAGAAAAAUACGAUAGAAUUGGUGCGGGGUCAUCCGAUUGCAUCGAGUAGCGAUGAUGAGGACCAUGACUUUAGAGACAUUCCUUUCCCCCAGGACGAGGCUAUACAGCAGGCCUUCUCUGAUUACCAGCUGCAACAGAUGACCAGCAAUUUCAUCGACCAAUUCGGCUUCAAUGAGGAAGAGUUUACUGAACAGGAAGGGAAACUUGACUCACUUUUCACAGAAAGGAUAUCCAGUAUAGACUUCAACAUUCAAGCAAAUGAGGAUCAUGCAGCGAGCUCUUCAAUGUUUGACCAAGCUUGCAAUGAGAAAAUACAGCAGUUCGAUGAUAAUGAGGAUAGUGAUGAAGACAUCUGGGAAGAAAAGGAGAUCACCUACUCACCAAGCUCACAGGCUAAAAGGCCAGGACGUCUGACAGAAACCUCUGGUGAUGACAGCGAUACCAGUACAGAUAGUGAGGAGGAACUUGCCUCACCAAAAAGAAUUCUACAGCAACCAAGUGAGAACAUGGAUGUUGACUCAAGUCAGGACGCUUGGCAGGCCAACUUUGAUGAUCAAUCGACACCAGUUGCAAUGGACACUUCACCGUGGACCACCUCUCAGCAACAACACCAAGAACAACCAAAUCAAACGGAUGGGGAGAACUGGGCGCAGUUCACUAACAAAAUACCUGUAUCCCAAAAUGAGGACAACUGGGCAGACUUCAGUAAUAUAAACGAUUUAAGCAGUUCUGCACCUGGGCCAAGGAGCAGUUCCCCAGUGGAGAUGGAUACAACUGACAUCAACUCACGACCUGCGGCAUACUUGGCCAGAAGUGCUCCAGGAGACCUUGGAUCAUCUUUACAACAGGUGAGAAAUGACAUCAAAACUGAUGAUCUGGAGGUGGAGUCAUCAGAAGAACAUGUACAAGGCAGCGAAGUAACGUCUACAUCUGAUAUUGUCACUUCACCAAGAUCUCCAACUACUCCACGUUCUCCACUAUCCUCAUCAAGUGAUGCAACCCCUCAGCCCUCCAGUCAGAAAACAGCAGUUGUCAGUGAGGAGCCCUCAUCGUCUACAACUGACGUAGCAAGUGACAGUGGAGAGGUCAAGGUUGAUGUGACUUUGACAGUGAAAGAAACUAAUGGGAGUGAUGGCAAUAACGUAGAGGAGACCCCAUCAUCGUCAACAGAGGAGGCUGUAGGAGCUGACAGUCCAAGUCUGUCAAAGGACUUGUCUCAGAAGACUAUGGAGACCACUGAUCAUAUAGGAACGAAUGGCCCAGUAGACGUACCCCAGUUAAUAGAGGAAAAUGCUAGUCUGUCUCAGGAACAAGAGGGAAAUAGUAAUCAGGCCAAAGAUUGCAUAGAAAAGAAGGAUAGUGCAUCGGUCAGUGCCUCUCCAGCUACCAACGUUGUUCAGAAUGGACCAGUUUGACUCCAAGUGUGAAUCAAACUGCGUGUGAACCAGUGAUCGGUUGGCAGCAAAUUGUCACAAUUAAAGCCUUAGAAAUUCAUGAAAAACAGUAAAAUCUGUUGAUGUUGGCCAAGGUCCAGUGAACUGCUCAGCAGUAAUGUGACUCACUGAACGGUUCUUCUCAAUGGAUAAUAGGGAAAAUAAAACAAAAAAACUUGGGCUUUUUCAUGCCCAGUGUUCAGUGAUUAAACCAAUACUUAAAUCUACCAAACAAAGAAUCAGACAGAAAUCAGUAUUGAUAUCUAUUUAUGGAUUGCCAUUGGAGAGAGUGGAAUGUGUGACACUGAAUGUGGAUUGAGAUACUGGUGGUCUGAGGAAGGCUGGUGUUGAGAAGCUCACAACCUGAGAGAGGUCAGUGUUGAGAAAAAUUCUCCCCACCCUAUGGUCAGCCACAGUCUGCUGUUGUGUGUUGGUGCUGUGUACAUAUACCACCUUAGAACAAGUUUGUGCUGACAAUGAGUAGUGGAAACUUGCCAAAAAAUAUUUUUUAUUCUAAAAUGAUAAUACUUAAAACUAUGAAAAUAGAAGAUAGAGAAAGUGAUGUAUAUUUGAUGCAUGUUUUAACUAGUUAUUGUCAGAGAGAUUAGACCUUGGUUAAGAUGGAGAGUCAUCAUGCCAAGUAUAUGUGUUGUAUGUAACGUGAAUUGAAUCACUGUAGCUAGCUGUGAUCACUGUGUACACUUUUCGCCAGACUUAGACUGGCCUUGGUAUACACUUAGGGCUGCUUCUGCUCACUACUGGCAGGGCAUUGGUCAUUACUCAUCUCAUCAUCAACCUCCUCAUUUCUCAUUGUACUCUCAAUGUUACCUAACCAAGGACAGCGCUGUAUUGUUACAUCACUGACUUGGUGCUGGUGAGAACAAAUGCUAUUUAUUGAAGUCAGAGUUGCAUGUGUGAUUGCCAAAUUAUCAUUAAUUCAACAGUACAAGUGCUGUUGAUAUUUGUUCCUGAUUACAUGUGUGUAAGGUUGAGGAUGUGAGAGGAUGGAAUGCAAGUCAGAUUCGACAUGUGUUGACAGUUGGAGAAAGGAGUACUGUUUUAAAUUACACAACUCAAAUAUCUGAAGAAAUAUUUUUGUCUGUCUGUGCUUGAAUUACGACAUUGCAAAAUGUUUCAAAAUUUUAUUUCAUUUUUCUUUUUUGAUGAAGGAAGUCAAACCUUAAUCUGAGGUGUAUCUUAAGAUCAAUGUGAUGUAAAACAUGAUUAAACUACAGGAGUGUUGUGUGUGAAGGUGAGGAAUGGUUUCUGUGUCAGAAGAUGGUUUACAAGAUGUUCAACAAAUCAUAAUUACUGUUCAAGUGUUGAGUAGAAGGUCCAUUAUUAACAAGGUUGUGAUAUGUUACUUGUUAUUAGAGUCAAGAUAGUCACAUUUUGUACUGAACAAGUCUCUAUUCCAUAGCCACUCCCUCCGUUACAAAAACCUUCAUUUAGGGUAAAACACUGCAAGAACCCAGGCCUCUGUGGUAUCACCUGCCAGAGCCCUACCAAGACGGUUCAUCACCUGUCAGAGCACUGACAAAUAUAAAAUAUAUCCACAUCUUAUAACUAUAAAUAACUAUUUCACCAAUUAAAAUCUUGUAUCUUCAUCAAAAUUACCUUAUCAUUCAUGGUAUUGAAUAUUGCCUGGACUAGUCUUAAGGGUCAGAACAUUUUUCUAAUUAUGUGCACAAAUGAGUUUGAUGAUAAUGCUGUUGAGCCGGGAUCCCGGUGAUGUCAUUCUGGCUACUGUUUAACUAGCAGUGUUCAUUUUCAUGUGUUAUCAUUCUAGAUUAAUGAGAUUACCUUUAACAAUAAAACAUAAAAAAAAAUAAUGAUAAUGUGUGUGCAUAUAUGUUACUAUUAAUAUUGGUGAAUAGUGAUAUACUUUUCACUGUUCCAUGCCUUGACCUUUUCACUUAAAUACACUCAUCCUAACAGUGAAACCUUGAGGUAACUGGGUUUAAUAUAACAUUGCAGUCUUGUGUUGUUCAUAAUUGUCACUUGUCUGUUUUAACUAACAUGAGCUGUGCUGGUCACUGUCAUUCAUGUUUUAAAUAACAAGAGGCUCAUUCUCACAACUCGUCCAAAUAACGAGGGUCAACAUUUUCUAUCGUUUGGAUAUCAGUGGGACUAAACGGUCCCAGCAGGAACUACAUGUAUUUCUUACUGGGCUCUUACUUAAUCUGCUUUACACACGGCUGUCAGGAAAUACUGUGAACAAUUCUCACUGCAUAUUUAUACCUCAGGGACUGAAAAUGUGCAAGGAUAUCAACGAUUCAUUUUCAUAUUGCUCUUUUCCUUGCUGUUUGUAAAUACAAACAGUAAAACAUUUAGAAGAUAAUCUAGAAUUCUAGGUAUAUAGUUUGGAAUAUUGCUAGCAAAAUGGUGUUAAUGGUGUAAGUCUAACAGUGACAAACAUGUAAACCCCAAAGGAGCAUUGACCAGUCUUACCAUUUAACAAGUAAAUGCUUUAAGCAAAAGCCUAGUAACUGUGUAAGCCAAGGUGUAGCCAGUAGUGUGAACUGUUAUAUACUUUCUGAUGAUAAUACUGUUCUGAUUAUUAGGUGCUGCAGUGUUUUGUACAUAUAUUAACAAGUUUAUUGCUCUGACACAUUUGUGGCCAAGAUGUUUUUUUUUUUUAACUCAAAAAGAUUUUUAAACAAUGUUUUUUGAGAUUUGUCAAAAUUUAUACCUGUAGUCCUAGCAUUCCUUUCCUUCAUUAAGAUAAUGUGCUGAAAUGCUGAAUGUUUGAUAUAAAUGCAUUCCUGUGUUGAUGCACGGGUGGGAUGGUGAUGAUACAAAUAUGAAAUAAGUGGUAUGGAAUUGAAAACGGUGUCGUGGAAUACCAAGUGUUGAUUACAGAAUUUUGUAAAAUGAAUGUACUGGUGACUUAAUUGACAACUAACUAAGAAUAUGCCUGUUUUCUCAUUUUGGAAGUAAUUAGCUCUCUCCAUUAAUACUCGUUAUUCCACAGAGGAUAGGAAAUGGUACAUUGUGUUAUAUUACGGUUCUAUGUAAUGAGAGUGGUACUAUGAAGCUGGAAACCAAAGUUACAGAGAAGGACCCUGCUCUUCCAUCAUUUAUUUACUUUGUUAUGAGUGUUAUUGCUUUACUCUUGUUUACUUCACACUUUUCCAUCAUUUUGUUUUUACUAAAAUAAUGUUGCUUUCACACUAUCAGUUGUCAUGUUUGGACCUUGAUUUUGAAAAAAAGCAACAAGUAAGGAUCAGGAUUAAGGCUGGCCAGUGGAAUGUUGGGCAUAUUUAGGUUUGAGUGGGCCAACCUAAGCUAUCUAAAAGUAAAUGGCUGAAUAUUAUCUGUUUUCUGAAUUUUUGGAUAAAACAGUGAUAAAACAGUUAUUAUGCACAUUCAGUAUGGGUUGAAAUGGAACUUGUUGUGUAUUUGAUGGGAAAUUCUGUAAUUGUUAAUUUUGAACAUUGUAACUUUUCCCAAAUUACGUACAGGUAUUUAUAGUGGCAUAAUUUUGUAAUUUUGUACUACCUGGAAUGUUACAAUUCAGUUAUGUGGAAGAGGCCUACAACUAUCUGAGGUUAAAUGAUAUUUAUUACUUAACUAAUGUUACUUUCUUAACUAAAAGUAUCUUUGUCUAAGCACUUGAUUUAAUAAUUAUUUUGUUUUUCUAAAAUAAAUUAGUAUUUAUUACUGGACUUUCAUUAACUUAAGAUUUAACCAUCAUUGUGAUUUACUAAAAUUAAGGUAUCUUUAGUUAAGUAAUAUUUAUUACUGGACUUUCCUUACCUUUAGAUAUAACCAUCAUUGUGUUUUACUAAAAUUAAGGUAUCUUUAGUUAAGUAAUAUUUAUUACUGGACUUUCGUUACCUUUAGAUAUAACCAUCAUUGUGUUUUACUAAACUUAAGGUAUCUUUAGUUAAGUAAUAUUUAUUGAUUUACUAUGCAACAGUGAUGGUAUAAUGGUUAGAAGUAUACCUUCUGUAUAACUGGUUUAAAUGACAGCAACACUCUUAUAUCUGGUUCCUAGGUUACUGUGUACUGAACCAGGAAAGGUUUGUUAUCUGAACCAGAAUGUUUUAUACUGGUAGAAUUUGAAGUGGUAAAACAUGACAUUAUAUGUACUUUAUAGUGUUAUUGGUUUUGUUGUACCGUUGUAUCUGAUAUUUUAUUAGUUUGUGUAGGUUGUCGGAGCAAACCUCUACAUUACUAAGUUACACAUUAACGUAUAUUAAAGUUAAUGAAACAUAUCUAUAACGAAUGGCAAUGCAUAUUGACAUGAUCUUUAUUUAAUUGAAGCACUAAUUUGUUACUCAUGCUGAAAUGUAGAAAAUACUCCAGUUAAGGUUAAUUCAUAAACUGACAGUUAAAAUGAUAUCAAUCAAAAACGCUUUGAUGGCAAAAGUUGCCUAGAAGUAGUCCCACUAUUACAAAAAGCAAAACAGGACAAAUCUCACCAUUAACUAUGUUUGUAAACAUAUUUUUUGUGAUAUUAGUUUGUUCAAUAUUUUAGUCAUAUUUCCCCAUCAUUUCCCAUGUUCCUUGUUGAUAAGAGUUCUAGCAUCAUUUUAUACUAAUGAAAAACAUUCCUGGAAAUGCAAUGAUGUAGCUGUGCCAUGCAUGUGGAAGCAGAAGUCUUAAUUUGAUCUGUUGAUCAAAUUUGUUAUGGUUUAUUCCCAUUUUCCUACCUUUAUCUGACCAACACUACUUUGAGAGUUAUUUUGAGUUUUUAUUCAGACUAGUUUUAUUAUGGCCAGCCUCUGAAUGUUUUUCUUUCCUUUUGUUUUCUACCUGUCUCUUCAUUAUAUAACUAGCGCAACAAUUUGCCUGUGAUUUUACAAUGAGUAUAGUAUUAUCUAUUCUUUGGACAUACAGCUUUAGAAGCUCGUGUCUUGAGACAUUGUUUAUGUGGACAAGUUUUAAUACUUUUUUUUAUAAUAUCCCGUCUUUCUAUGUACAGAACAGGGAACAGGGGUAGAUAACUGGUCAGCAUGUUACAUGUAUAUAAUUAUAUAUUAUGCAAUUCCAGGGAAAGACAUUUUAAAACUGCAGACAUUGUAGAUAUAUUGAAUCACACAUUUUGUUGAUAAUGAGAAAGUUACAAAAAAGUGUGACAAAUGAUGAAGCGUUGUAAAUUUUUCAACAAAAAGUGUUUAUUUUGUCUGAUCAUAGAUAUCCAUUCAGAUGUACAUGUAUGAUAAAUACAAGACUAUAUUAAACUGAUGAAAUAUUU